CGAUACGUUCAUCUCUAUACUCUAUAUGAACACACACUCAUACUCUUACACGAAGAUAACUGCAAUUACCAGUACAAAGAUAGAUGGCAGCAUACCAAGGGUACCAGGAGCUGCUCGUGGAGAAGCAGGACAAGCUUCUGCUUGUCAAAUUCAACAAUCCCAAAAGAAAGAACUGCCUAAAUCGUGAAUCAUACCAGGAGCUGGCUCGGGUCCUGGGUGAAGUGAACGAUGAUGCAGACGUGACAAUCGUGGUGGUGACCGGCGUGGGUGACUUCUUCACGGCUGGAAAUGACUUAACCCCAAGUGGCCAAACGGGCGACAUCCAAACAUAUCUCGCAGAGGGAAAUGAAAUAUUCAAAACCAUGGUGCUGGGCUUUAUAAACUGCAACAAGAUUGUGAUUAGCCUGGUAAAUGGACCGGCAAUUGGCAUCGGCGCCACGAUUGUGGGCCUCAGCGAUGUCACCUGGUGUGCAGAGGAGGCAUACUUUUACACUCCCUUCACCAAACUGGGCCUCGUCCCAGAGGGCGGCUCUUCCUUUCUGCUGCCCAUGAUUCUUGGUCGCUCCAAAGCUUCGGAGAUUCUGCUCCUCAACGAGAAACUUACCUCCGGCGAGGCGUACAAUUUCAACUUUGUGUCGCGCGUCUACAAGACCGAGGAGCUGGACUCCGUGGUCUGGCCCAAGCUGCGCGAGUUUUCCACUUUGCCACCGAAUUCUCUAAAGGAAGGAAAACGCUUGAUCAAGGAGGGCUUCCUGGCGAACCUCCUGAAGGCCAAUGAUGCCGAGUGUACGGAGCUCCUCAAGCGUUUCCACGGAGACGAGUUCAUUCAGGCCAUUGUGGACUUUGCCACACGCAAAUCUAAAUUGUAAUUUGUUAACAUAGUUACCUUGUAAAAACAGCUGUUAUUUUUUUAUAUCGAUGGGUUGAAUAUCGCGUUUUGAACGAUAGAUCGAUAUUGUGUGGUGUUAUCAAAUUUAAAUUUAAAACAGGCUCUGCUGC